UCAUUUUUCACUGUCAAAUUUCCCUCCUCCCAAACUUAGCAGACAACCAUCCAUGGCGGAAGAGGACACAGAGACGAUUCGACCUCAAUUCCCAACCGGCCGGAUCAAGAAGAUAAUGAAGCUCGACGAGGACAUAAACAAGGUAACCUCAGAAGCCCUAUUUCUCGUCUCUUGCUCCGCCGAGCUCUUCCUCCAAUUUCUCGCCGAGAGAUCUGCAGAUGUCGCCACCGAGAAGAAGCGAAAGAUCGUCAAGCUCGAGCACAUACGUACGGCCGUCAAGAGGCACGGUCCGACGAGCGAUUUCCUCCUCGACUCGCUUCCCGAGUCGUCGCAGCCGUCCGAUAAACAACCGGCUGAACGGAAUCGCUCCCGCGCGGUGGCUGAGAAGCCGGUUCCAGCGGGAACUCGUCGGAUUGAUGAAUUCUUUCGCAAGCCCGUAAAUGAAGCGCCAAUCGAGAUCAACGAGUCCUAGAUUCCUCUCGUUUUGUUGAGCGGGCCGGAAAAUGACUUUUGGUUAUGCCUUUUGGUUAAUUUUGGUUAGAGUUACUUCGAUUUAUGAGUUUGGUCCUUUUGGUUGUAAUCUUAAUAUGAGGAAAUCAAUCAACAAUUCUCAAUAUGUUGUUUUCUUGAUUGUCUUGUAUGUUUGUCAGAUUUCAAUUUCGUAAUUAUAUAGACGAAACCAGCCAUUAUAUCGUGUAUUAGCG